AUGGCCGCCCAACAAAAAGUCAUCUGCUCCUUGUUGAUUGCUUGCUUCCUCUUCAACGCUGUCUUGUGCGACACAAUCCCCAGCGAUGAGACACCCGAAGGAGAUGUUGCUGAGGGUCGCACCUUUGGUCAUCACUUCCUGAAACGCAUGAGCUUUGCUGUGGUGCCCGGUGCCUUUGUUGUGGGUGUCAUCACCACCCUGUUGGCUGCUUUGACCGUCGUCUCCAUGAAGGGUUUGGGUGUCGGUGUCAUCUUGUUGGUCUUGGCCAUCGGUCAAAUGUUGUCUCGUGCCAUUCCCACCGUUCAAGCUGCUGCCUACCAUGCCCCCGCUCCCGUACCCGUAGUCUACUCUCACAGUCACACCCAACAACCCGUCUGGUUGGAAAAGGAAUGGUAA